GCAGCUGCAGAAACCAGCUGCAGAAACCACCGGGAUUGUGCCGCACCCUUUCUGCGUGACCUGCGCACAGCUCAGGUAACCGCUGCCCCAAAUACCGGAAACAAGACACAGGUUACGGAGGUUGCAUCCACCUUUUUGAACUUUUUUCUUUUUUGGGGGACCUAAAAAAGUCUGGAAGUGAUCCUUCACUCCGCCACCAAAGCAGCAGAUCUGUCUCUACUGCUUGUACUUGUCUUGUUAGUGCCCAGUGACAGUUUAAGGAGACUUGAAGGUGAACCCAGGUGAGACUGAGAGACUGGUUUUGUUUCACAACUCCCUCGACGUGAUCUUAUCCGGGAAAUCUUGACAGAGAAGCAAGACAAAGGUGAUUUGUCCACAGACGUCUAACGUGGAUCCAGUGUUGCAGACGGCGACGACAGGCGAGGCCCCAGCCUUCAACUUGGAUCCCACCUGUCAUCACCUGUCCAGGUGAUGGCAUGCCGAUCUCCGCACCAACAGAGAGGGCGAGUCUGAAUGCCGCCAUAGUUCUUCCCUUUUGCUUCCUGUUUGCCAAUCAUCUCCGCUCUCGACCGGCUUCAGCGCUUCCGUGAUUCCCACAUCCACCUUCAACAUGGAUACGACGACCGACGACGAAGUCGGAUGCUACUUGAACCGCACUGUCAAGUUUUUCUACGAGCAGAGCGGCAAGAACAUCAGCUCCCACUGGCGCAGACGGGACUAUGUGAUCGUCACUCUGGGCAUGACUGUUUGCUUUGUUGUCAUCUUCUCCAACCUUUUGGUCAUCGGGGCCAUCAUUAAAAACCGACGCUUUCACUUUCCCAUCUACUACCUGCUGGGUAAUCUGGCUCUGGCAGACCUCUUUGCAGGUGUCUCCUACCUCCACCUGAUGUUUCACACCGGCCCCUGGACCAUUAAGCUGUCCAAGUACCAGUGGUUUGUGCGACAAGGGUUGAUCGACACCAGCCUCACGGCCUCGGUGCUCAACCUUCUGGCGGUGGCCGUGGAGCGCCACCAGACUAUAUUCAACAUGCAGCUCCACAGUAAGAUGAGCACCCGGCGGGUCUUUGUGAUCAUAGUUUUCAUCUGGCUGGUGGCGAUCAUCAUGGGCCUGGUACCCACCAUGGGCUGGCACUGCCUGUGUGAUCUGGAGAACUGCUCCACCAUGGCGCCCAUGUACAGCCGCAGCUACCUGGUCUUCUGGGGCCUCCUCAACCUGCUCACCUUCUUCAUAAUGCUGGCCGUCUACACCCGGAUAUUCGUCUACGUGAGGCACAAGAGCAGGCAGAUGAGGGAGCACACCACCCAACUUAGACACAGAGAAACUGUGUUUAACCUGAUGAAGACGGUCUCCAUGAUCCUGGGCUGCUUCGUGGUGUGCUGGACGCCCGGCCUGGUUGUGCUGCUGCUCGACGGCCUGGGCUGCGAAAUGUGUCAGGUGCUGCGCUACGAGAAGUACUUCCUGGUGCUGGCCGAGUGCAACUCCUUCGUCAACCCCAUCAUCUACUCCUUCAGGGACAAGGACAUGAGGAAUACCUUCAAGGCGAUCCUCUGCCACCUGUGCAAGCGGGGGGAGGAGCACCGCGGCACCUCCGAAGUUCAUUUUAACACCUUGGAGCAAGAGAAGUCUAAGAAACUCACUGUCCGGACAAUAGAGAGCAGCAACGGGACACCCCUCAUACACCACGGAUCAGGAGAGCCGGCCACCAAAUGGGAUUAAGGCAACAUUAACUUCUUAACACGCUCAAGAAGUGAGGAACACUGACUUUCUGUGUGGUUAAACGAAUGAGCUUCAAGAGGCAUCUCGCCACCGCUGAGUGAUGUGUAUCAUAAGGGCAGGAGCUGAAGACGCGCCCUCGUCAGCCGCCAGUGAGACUAGAGGAAACCUGGAGGACUUCCCCAUGGAGCUGAGAUGACUCGCCACCCCCGCCCCCCCAGUUCAUGGUGACUGAACACCUGGAACAAGUUAACAGUUCAAACAAGAAAUGACUCAACUUGUACAGUCACAAAGCCCGUGUGUGUGGUUUUCUGACGGGUUAUCGGCCCGGCAACGACACGUGGCUGGUGUCUUGUCAGGUGGACGGAGCUCAUACUGAGAGAUGCAAAUUGUUAUCAAUGCAGAUUUCACAAAACUAGCUCAAAAGUGCAAUAAAGCAUCCUUCAUGACUCAGCUGUUCUUUGAAACUGAUUUUAAACUGCAGUGUUUCAAUCAUGUUGAGUGGUCUUUUAGGGGUUAUAUUCAUAGAAAUCAUAUGUGAUGUGCAACACGGUCGCAGAUAGAAUUGACUCUUUUCAAAGAGGUUUCCAUGUAAACAUCUAUCAGACUUCUCUGGGGUUUUUUGUCCUCCUGAGAAGUAAAGUGUUAGCUGAGUGGAUGUGGAAUAGCUAGGAAUAUGAUGCAGUCUAAUCCACCAAAGGUUUCACAGAAACUGCAAAUCUUUUUUAAGGUCAGCUACAGGUUUUAACUUGGUGGUUUUUAUCCUAAGACGCGACGGCUGAGCGCUUGUGACUCGCUCUUUAACUCACACAAGAAUACCCUUCUUAUGGGCAGAUCUGAAAUCAGAAAACCAGCAAAGCAUCCACACAAGAGUUCAGUCCCUUCAAAAUGUUGAAAUUGGAUUUUUUUUAUUUAUUUUUUUUAAACUUGAAUGGUUCAACAUGUUUCUAGUCCUGCUCAGUGACGGUUUUGACUCAUCAUUACUUGGACAC